ACAGACUGUGGAGGGAAUGAGGAUACAACAACGUCACAGAGAUGAGCACUAGAGGGAAAGAGGAGAUAGAGUAGUGAAAAGAUAGUGAUAGUAAACAAAGCGUGAGUAAGACAGAGGACGCACUAAGCCACAAAAAAGGAGGGAUCAGGGAGUGUGACACACUGUUCAGUGUGGCCUUGGUACAGACAGAUCACCUCCUUGACAUCUGAGGUUGCACAGGCACAAGACAAAGGACCUUUUUUUUGGAGUGCCCCUUUUCUUUUUUACUAUUUUUUAAAUUAAUUUGUUCAAAUGCAACGCUGUGGAUAUGUACACCUGUGGCUGUUGGGGUCAGUGUUACUGAUCUGCCUCAUCUCAGGGGUCACACGGGUGAAUGGGGACGUGGCGCUAACGCAUCAAGAAUCCCGUUUGAAUCCGUCCAAAUCGAACUUGAAUCAGACUGAACAUGGCCAUGGCUCCGUCAUCACAGGAAUACCCAUCGUGACCUUUAAGUGGCACCACGUGGAGACCCCUUAUCUAGUUGCAUUAUGGAUAUUGGUGGCUGGUUUGGGUAAAUUAGUCAUCGAGGCCAACCACCAUGUGACCAGUGUGAUCCCAGAAAGUGCCCUCCUCAUCUGCUUCGGCUUCAUUCUGGGUGGGAUUAUUUGGGGUGCUGACAAGGUGCAGACCUUCAAGCUGACCCCAACAGUGUUCUUCUUCUACUUGUUGCCUCAAAUCAUCCUGGACGCGGGCUACUCCAUGCCAAACAAGCUCUUCUUCAGCAACAUGGGGGCCAUCCUGAUCUACGCCGUCAUCGGGACCUGCUGGAACGCAGCCAGCUUGGGGCUGUCGCUGUGGGGGUGUCACAAGGGUGGAGCCAUGGGUGACCUGGACCUCGGCCUGCUGCAGUAUCUUCUCUUCGGCAGUCUGAUGGCCGCUGUGGACCCCGUAGCCGUCAUCGCCGUGUUUGAGCAAGUCCAUGUCAACGAGGUCCUCUUCAUCAUGGUGUUUGGAGAGUCGCUGCUCAACGAUGGAGUGACAGUGGUGCUCUUCAAUGUAUUUGAUGCGUUUGUGUCACUGGGAGGAGACAAAAUUGAUGCUGUGGAGAUCAUCAAAGGAAUAAUUUCCUUCUUUGUGGUGGCAUUUGGUGGUUCCCUCGUGGGCUUUGUGUUCGGCCUGCUCAUCUCUCUUCUGACCAGAUGCACUAAAAACAUCCAGAUCAUUGAGCCAGGCUUCGUCUUCGUCUUGGGAUACCUCGCCUACCUGACUGCUGAGAUGCUCUCCCUGUCUGCCAUCCUUUCGAUCGUCUUCUGUGGUAUGUGCUGUCAAAAGUACAUCAACUCAAACAUGGACGAGAGGUCCGUCACCACGGUCAGAUACGUCAUGAAAGUUUUAGCCAACGGAUCAGAAACCAUCAUCUUUGUGUUCCUCGGCAUCUCGGCCAUCGAUAAGGAAAUCUGGGUGUGGAACACGGGCUUCAUCCUCCUCACCCUCCUCUUUGUCUUGGUGUAUAGAUUCAUCGGUGUCUUUUUCCUCACCUGGAUCUUGAACAAGUUCAGGCUGGUCCCUGUGGAGUUGAUAGAUCAGGUGAUUAUGAGCUACGGUGGCCUGCGAGGGGCUGUCGCUUACGGCCUGGCUGUGAUGCUGGAUGAGAACAAAAUAAAGGAGAAGAAUCUGAUGGUCAGCACUACUCUCAUCGUGGUGUACUUCACAGUUAUUCUUCAGGGAAUAACGAUGAAACCUCUGGUCAACUGGCUUAAAGUAAAGAGAGCUGCAGUGGGCGAGCUCACACUCAUAGAGAAAGUGCAGGACAAGGUGUUUGAUCACAUGCUUGUUGCCAUCGAGGAUAUAUCUGGACAAAUAGGACACAACUACAUGAGGGACAAGUGGAAUAAUUUUGAGGAGAAGUGGAUGACGUGCAUUCUGAUGAAGCCAUCGGCGAGGAAGAACCGCGACUACGUCUUCAAAGUCUUCCAUAAGCUGAACCUCAAGGACGCUAUGCGCUACGUGACUGAGGGUGAACGUAGAGGUUCUCUGGAGUUUGUCCGCAAUGAAACUGCAUUUAUCGACUUCAAGAAAAAGUUUGAUGACGAUUUCUCAGAAGUCAUGCCUGACAUCAUGGCUGACACCUCCGACGAUUACAGCGAUACGUCCGACAUGAGAAGAGACCCUGUGCCGUCAGUGAGCCUGGAAAUGCACGAGCAGACCAUGAAUGGUAUGAGGCCGUUAGAGGACGUUAACAGUCACCACCUGCUGCAGCAGCAUCUGUACAAGGGCAGGAAACAGCACCGACACAGGUACAGCCGGAGCCAUUUCGAUGUCAACAAAGAUGAAAAUGAGGUGCAGGAGAUCUUCCAGAGGACCAUGAGGACUCGCUUGGAGUCCUUUAAGUCUGGAAAGAUGGGCGUCGCUCCACUAAAGCACAUUACUAAGCACUUAAAGAAAGACCAACAGCAGAAGAUGCCAAACGGAAAAUCAUUGGACAAAAGUAAAACCUACCAUUCUGGUGAUGAAGAUUUUGAGUUCUCAGAGGGAGACAGCGCCUCCGGCUUUGAGGCAUCGGCAAGUUCAUUCCCCAUGAGGGUCACCUACAGAGCUGGAGCUGGAAUUGAGAAUCCUGCCUUCAUGCCAGACCUGGACCCCAUGGCGCAGGUGCAGAUCCCUCCGUGGCUGGCGGAGGCCGAGGUUGACAGCAGCAUGGUGGCUCCGUCGCAGCGAGCCCAGCUGAGGCUGCCGUGGACGCCCAGCAACCUGCGGCGCCUGGCUCCCCUUCGCAUCAGCGCUCACUCCACCGACUCCUUCAUGCUGGCCGACGCUCCUGCCGCGCAGCAGAGGGACAACGACCAGCUGCCGCCGCCUCCGCCCCCACCAGCACCCCCACAUGGAGACCACAUGUAGCGGCACGCAGCCCCUUCUUCAUCUCCCUUUAACCUGGCUGCCAAAGACAGAACCUAACCUCAAGACUUUGCACUGUCUACUCUCAAAAUAUUGACUAGGGAAUGUUUUCUUUUCCGUGCCAAUGUUUAAUCUUACUCCUGAGUGUCUGAACGAAACAUUCACGAUCCCAUAACCUUUGUGCUCUUGACACAGCUUCCAUUGUUGGUCUAACUUCACCCUUCACUGAACAGAGGGAAGCUGCAGGAGACCUUGUAUGCACAGUGGCAUGUUAUUUAGCAGCACACGUUGAACAUUGUCACAUCCUCUCCUCUGGUUCAUAGUGAACCAGUCAAACAUUUCAGACCAGUCCCUGUGGAGUACCUUAUCCCUGAAUGCAGAAAUGUUUGUCAACAAUGUAGAUGUUUAUGAAUUGUGUGAUAUGAAAAUAAUUCCAACUCUGUAAUCUGAUUAUAACAUUUUUGUGUGUUUUUCUCAUUUGAGGUUGAAAAUGAAACUUGAAGAAUUAGAACAUUGUAAAAAAACAAAUGUGUGAUAAAGACAUAAUAUAUUUAUUCACAAAUGAAGUUUGGUAUUAUGUGGACGUUUCCACCAUCUCAAAUCGGUUAGAUAUAUUUUAUGUACCUCCAACAAAGAACACUUUGACUGAACGACCUUUGAACUGUAUCGAUUUAGAAAUAAAUGAAGGAGAAAAAGAAGUAUUUUGGAGUCAGUUACACUGUAUUAAGUAAAAUGAUUGGUUUGAUUGAUUAGAUUUUAUUAGAAAGGUAAUCUACUACUUAUAAUUUAUUAGUAAUUGAUUAAAUCAUUUAUCAAGAACAAAAAGCCAAACAUGGGCUGCUUUUCUGUUGCUUUUCUCUUUUUCAUAUUAUUUUAAAAUCAAUGUUGGACUAUUGUAAAAAAAAAUGUAAUAUUGUGGCAAGUAGCUGCUCUAUAUACAUAUAUUUAAUACAUGUUAACAUGCCCAGUUACCUCACUAAGACUGUAUGUGUUGAGAACCAGGGUCAGAAACCUUUACUAUUAAUAAAAUCUGUCUGCAAAACAUACUGAUCUUUGGAUUUGGGAUCGAUAGCUAGCCUGGCUAAGGACACUCACGACUAGUAGCCACCACUACUGAUGUUCAGCAAAAUACAGAGGAAAGGAAAAGUUCAGACAGAGUUGGGGGUGCUGAAAAAGUGUCUAUAUAAUGAAUAAAUAAUAAUAAAUG